AUGGAGCCUGAUUGCGUAUCCAUUAAUGUUGGACCUGUAGAAGGAGGAAACCAAAAAUGCGAGUUGAACAACGCCACCAAGGAAAACCAUGCUACAUUUCUUCUUGUGAAAAAUCCGGGCUUCAUAUAUCUUGCAAUCGAGGAAAAAUUCACUGGAGAAACCUUUACUUUGUUUUACCAACAAAUGGCUGGUAGCAGUUCAUGUUUGAACAAUGGCUCUGUCAAGCUGGAUUCACCAGUAAAGGUUUCAAAAUGCCUGAAAAAAAAUUGUGCUGCAAUUUACAAAGCUGGGGAAAGAAAAGAUGGUAUGUACACUAUAAAACCUGAUAACUUACAUGCCUUUGAUGUAUUCUGUGACCAAACAACGAAGGGUGGAGGAUGGACUGUGUUUCAGAAGAGACUGAACGGCUCGGUUGAUUUCUACCGCUACUGGCACGACUACAAACAUGGCUUUGGUGACCCACGUGAUGAGUUUUGGCUCGGACUGGAUAAGAUUCACCGCCUGACCUCAUAUAAUAACAACACGCUGCGUGUGGAUUUGGAAGACUUUGAAGGGAACACAGCUUAUGCCAAGUAUAACUUGUUUGGAGUUAUGAGUGAGAAAGACAAGUACAAGCUGAUCCUUGGUUCUUAUUCAGGUAGUUCUGGUGACUCUCUUACCGAGCAUCGCGAUAUGCCAUUCACCACUAGAGAUCAAGAUAAUGACAAUGUUAGAUCCAACUGCGCAAUUGCGUUCAAAGGAGCCUGGUGGUACCGUCGGUGUCACCACUCAAAUCUCAAUGGCUUGUAUCUUCAUGGCAGUCACUCGUCCCAUGCUGACGGAGUGAACUGGAAAGGCUGGAAGGGUCAUAAAUACUCUCUCAAGAGAACCGAGAUGAAAAUAAGACCAGUGGAUUUCUGA